AUGGCGGAUCAGAGGACUAUUCUCCAUCGAGAUGGUGUGCUGAUUAUCGAGAAUGCUUGCUCACCGGAGUCCUUUGAACAAGCCAGGUUGGCUUUAAGGGAUGCCUAUGACAUUGAAGUACUGCCAUAUCUCAAGGAAGGAGUUCAGGAUUGGGCCAAGGGGAGGUCGAUAUUUGAGUUAGCAGCGAACAAAAAUGCCUGGCCCACAGGAGUUAUAGGGAACAAAUCGUUUGGUUUCAUGUACAUGCAGCCGGAAAAGAAGGCGGAUAGUUUGGUUGCAAAAGUGGGUGGCCACGAUGUGAUCUUCCAAACUCUGUGCUCAGACAAGGCUAAUAGAAUUCUCAUCAACCAUGAAUCAAAUACAAAUGCCAAAAGACAGCUGCUUGCCCUCUCAGAUGAAGACGAGAAUACUACUAUUGCGAUCGACUCAUGCAAGGUAUAUAGAGGUGACUUGAGCAUACCCCACUACGAUCUCUACGAUGAUGAGCUGAAGAGAAUGCAAGCGAUGGUGAUUGGCCCAAACGAGGGCAAUGUGCGGCUGUGUUUUCUCAAGGGUAGUCACACUAAAACUAAUAAGAACAAGAAAGGGUUUGUUAAGAUAGACAACCCAAAAGAAGAAUUUAAGCAUUCUGCAAAUAAGGGGAAAGUGAUGGUGCCUCCUCUCAAUUCUUUAGUAGUGUGGCUGCCGGGUGUUAUCCAUGGGGAAGUGAUGGUGAAGAACAACCCGAUCAAAUCCGAAUCCGACUAUGAAUUUAGAAAUAAUAGUAAGGCUGGCGUGGAGAGAUACAUAACACCCAAGCCCAAGCCAUCUGAGGAAAACUGUCGUAUACGAAAAAUCAACACAGUAUACGGAACAUCGUGA